AUGAGUUCCCAGCGAGCGAAACUUAUAUUAAAGUUAGCAAAAACCAAAGCAAAAGUAGAGAAGAAAGAGAAUGGUGCGCAGGAUAGUUGGAAAAUUUCGCAGCAUAAUAAUAUUGGCAAUACCAGCAGUACUGCAGAGGAAGCUGUUAAUAGCGUCACGGUCAAUAAAGAGUCCCUAAACAUGAUUGAAAGUAAUAAUAUCCGCAAUAGUUUAAAAGAAGCCAAAAAUGCAACCGAAGAUCAGAAUAAUAUAGAGUCUGUAAAUCAGAUCGAUCUGCCAAGCCAAAACGUUAUCUCCCAAACGACAAUCAUUCCUGGUAUCAUCUUUGAUGAGAGUUCAGAAGAUAUUGGAGGUGUUACAUUAAUAAAUAGAACUCGAUCUCAAGGCUUACUUAGAGCGGAUGAAUAUGAAGAAUUCCCUAGCAGUAAUGGUUCUAGCAGUGAGCUAAUAGAAGAAGAAGCCACUUAUUAUUUUCUGUUGAACCUGCAAUUCAAACAGAUAACAAUUCAAGUAGUAGGUCCUCAAGUGAUUCGGACCCAACCAGUUCUGAAGAAGAACCUUUUGGUUCUGGUGCUUCAGAAGAAGAUCCUGAUUUUGAACCAGAAAACAUAUUGUCUUCCAGUGAAUCCGAAGUAGUUGGUAUACCUCAAAAUGUAGCUUUACCAAUACGUCGUUCAGUGCACUAUCCUUCUGAAACAGAGAAGCAAACUAAAAAACGAAAAAGAGUC